AAGAAUUUCUUGCGAAUGAACAGGGCUUCAUUUCAAGAGCUACUAGAACUUUUGGACCCUGUAAUCAGACGAAAUGAUACCAACAUGAGAGAAUGUAUAACAGCUGGGGAACGACUGGCAUUAACAUUAAGAUUUUUAGCUAUACAGGUAAGAGACAGUUACCAAUCCUUAGAAUAUCUGUACAUAGUUUCCAAGAACACAAUCAGUAAAAUUAUUCCAGAGACGUGCAGGGCCAUAUAUGAUGUUCUACAAACACAGUAUUUGAGGGUAUGUAAAACAGUGAUCAUAUCAUUUCUAUAA